GUAUCGUAACUCCAUACUUCCUCAUCUUAUUUUGCAACUUAGUCCAAAAAGGGAACACGAUGAGCCAACACACGAACCUGUUGCUUCCUUCAUUUGAAACAGACCAAGAUGAAGAAGUUGAACGCAAAACCGAGACGCAGACGCUAAACGGUGGUGGUAAUGCCUGGAGGUUCAAAGGAAACAGGGCGGCAAAAGAAGCGGCAAGUGUCUCAAUUAAAAGUGUCCUUUCUAGGUUAUUUGACAACUGUAGAAAAGACGUAAAAAGGACCAUUUUGCCCCUGGGCCACGGUGAUCCGUCCGUCUACUCUUGCUUCAAGACUUCCGUUGAUGCUGAGGAUGCCGUUACUGAGUCCCUUCGAUCUGGUGCCGCCAACUCCUACGCCCCAGGGGUUGGUAUUUUACCGGCCAGGAGGGCGGUGGCAAAUUAUUUGAACCGAGACCUUCCGCAUAAACUAAAAUCAGACGAUAUAUUUAUGACGGUCGGGUGCUGCCAAGGGAUAGAGACCAUAAUUAAUGUUCUGUCCUGUCCCAAGUCGAAUAUCUUGCUCCCCAGUCUUGUCUAUCCUCUCUACUAUAGUCGCGCUAUAUAUAGCCAAGUCGAGAUUCGCAAGUAUGAUCUCGUCCCUGACCAAGACUGGGAGAUAGAUCUCCAAGGCAUUGAAGCCAUUGCAGAUGAUAAUACAAUCGCUAUGGUGAUAUCUAACCCUCACAACCCAUGUGGAAAUGUGUACACGUAUCAUCAUCUAAAGAAGGUGGCUGAGAUGGCGAAGAAACUAGGGAUAGUGGUUAUUUCUGAUGAAGUUUAUAAGCACACAAUAUAUGGAGAGAAUCCAUUUGUCCCGAUGGGGGUAUUCGCAUCGAUUGCUCCUGUGGUUACACUCGGAUCCAUUUCCAAGGGGUGGCUCGUCCCUGGCUGGAGAAUAGGUUGGAUGGCGAUGCAUGAUCCAAAUAAUGUUUUCAAAACCACUGGGGUCGUUGAAUCCAUCAAGGACUUUCUUAACAUAAGUCCAGAUCCAUCGACAAUUCUACAGUUUGCACUUCCAAAUAUCUUGGAGAAGACAAAGAAAGAUUUCUUUGAGAAGAAAAACCUGACAUUUAAGCAGAACGUAGAUAUGAUGUUCGAUGCCCUCAAGGAGAUUCCUUGCCUCGUUUGCCCUAAGAAACCUGAGUCGUGUACCUACUUAGUGACAAAAUUGGACCUAUCACUCUUGGAGGACAUCACAGACGAUGUUGAUUUCUGCAUGAAGCUGGCCCGAGAGGAGAGUCUCGUCCUUUUACCUGGAGAGGCGUUAGGCAAGAAGAAUUGGGUGAGAAUCUCAAUUGGAGUCGAGAGAUCAAUGCUAGAAGACGCUUUCUUGAGGCUCAAAGUCUUCUGUGCUCGCCAUGUCAAAUCACAAACCACUUAAAAGACUUCAUUGUCAUAAACCUGAGAGGCCCUAUCGUUCUACUGUUUUUGUAUUUUCUCUAUUCAAUAAAUUUCUCGAUAAUGUUCGAGAGACUUUGGGUUGUUGUGUGUGUGUGUGCGCACGUGUGUUUAAGUAGCUAUCUAUGAUUGUCCAUUUGUCCGUUUAGAACGUCGUUUUAGUGGAGUCAUGUCAUAACAUGAUGUUACGAGCUUGCCAUCUUGUAUGCGAGUUGAGAAAAAAUAAUAUCUGACGUGUGUUUCAAAAUAAAAAUAUAAUAAUUAAAACCUUUUUA